AUGCAGCAGUGUGAUAAUGAUCUUGAUCGCAUUUUGUCCUCACUGAACAAGCAGCAGAGACUGGCUACAGAGUUUGAUCCUACUCAGGUUUUACAAAUUAUUGCUGGACCGGGCACAGGGAAGACCAAAGUGCUCACAUCCCGGGUGGCUUUUCUGUUACUCAAGCACAAAUGGAGUCCCAAAGAUAUAGUUGUUACCACAUUUACCAAUAAAGCCGCUAAGGAGAUGGUUGAAAGGUUGACCUCCAUGUUGGCGCACACUGGGGUUAACGUUGGUGAUCUUAACAUAGGGACAUUCCACAGCGUGUGUCUCCGGAUUUUAACCAGAUUUGGGGAUAAGAUAGGGUUGACCCCCGGCUGGAGGAUCAUUGAGGAAAAAGAGGUGGACGCCAUUGUCAACGAGAUGAUAGAGAAGACACCAGAUCAGGUGAGAGACUAUGCAAGCUCCUUCGAUAGAAUCGUGAAUCUUUGCAGACCGAAAGGCAAUGGUGAGGAAUGGGUGAUACAUCCGAAAAUGAUAAAAAAAGAGAUAUCCAGGCUGAAAUCAUGUGCCAUUUUACCAGAAGAAUACGCCAACGAGAGCGUCCACGACUCUGCGCUUGCGCAUUACUACGAAGUGUACCAUAAAGAACUUACCAAAUUAAAUGCACUCGAUUUUGAUGACCUGUUGAUGUAUUGCUUCAGAUUGCUUUCAGAGGAAAGGUGCAUGCCCCACAUAAAACACGUAUUUGUGGAUGAGUUCCAGGAUACAAAUAGCAUUCAAAUGGAUUUGAUGUUUAUGCUAGCCAAGGGGAAUCACCAUGUGUCCCGCGGUAUAACCGUCGUCGGUGAUCCAGAUCAAAGUAUCUACGCCUUUAGAAACGCACUCGUUCAUAAUUUUCAAGAGAUGGCAAAUAAGUCUCCAUUACAGUGCUCUCAGAUUGUACUAAUCGAAAACUACAGAUCAUCCCAAAAGAUUCUAAAUACCAGUGAGACUUUAAUCAAGCAACAGACAAAGGGGAGAACUCUGCGUACACCAUUACAUGCUCAAUUCGACUGUAAAUUCCCACCAGUAUACGUGAACUUCCCUGUGCAAUUUCUGCAGGGGACGUCCCUGGCCAAAGAAAUCUUGUAUCUCAAGGCGCUUCCCAGCUUGUUCUCGUACAGCGAUUUUGCCAUCUUGGUACGACAAAGGCGACAGAUUAAAAGCAUUGAGAGUGCACUCAUAGAACACAGAAUACCGUACCACAUUAUACGAGGCCGUGCAUUUUGGGAUUUAAAAGAAAUAACCGCAAUACUGAACCUGUUACGAUGUGUUUAUUCCGAUAACGAAAAAAAUGCUCUUCUCACGUCGUUAUUGUACCCUUCAAGAGGUCUGGGCCAAACGUCAGCAGAUAAACUGACAUUGCUUAUGGAUCAAAAUCCGUUGGAAUCACCUUACAACGUAUUGAAAAAUGUAGCAUCCAAUCAGCUACCAUUUUCUGGGGGUAAUAAAAUAAAGUCGGUUAUAAUCAGUUUUGUCCAUAUGAUAGAUUCUUGUAGAUCGUUGCUAGGCCAGCCCCCUAGUACAGUUUUGGAGGGAAUUUUUGACCAACUAUACCAAAUGUCGGGAUUACAGCAGGAGUAUUUGUAUGUCGAUGGUAAGAACAAAUCUUCAGAUACAGGAUCGGAGCGUGAUAUAACUGCAAAAGCCCCAAAUUAUGAGAAUCCCAGGCAUAAAAAUGUUAUGUUACUCAAAAGCUACUUUAUGGAAAACAAGGCAAUUGAAGAUCUUCUCAUAGACCAAAAAAAUGAGACUUCGAAUGGCGUGUCCAACUCUGGUUCUGAUGGGAAAGAACUAGACGCCAAGACGUAUAUCUGCAACUUUUUCAACUCACUCUCCGUUUUUACGACGGAGCUAUCCGAAACCGAUACGUUGGCAGAUGAUGACAAAAACAAAAAUGGUGAAGGUCAAAUUACGAUAUCGACAAUACAUGGGGCCAAAGGGUUGGAAUGGCCUGUAGUUCUUAUUCCUGGUUGUGUGGAAGGCAUCAUCCCAAGUAUAUUUUCUAAAGAUGAUGAGGAUGAGGAUAUUGAUGAGGACGAUGAAGAUAACGAUGCUGAACAAUCGAAUGAGAAUAAAACUUCAAAGAACAAUACCAAUUCCAAACGCGGGAAAAAUACUGAAGCGACCUUGGAUGAGGAGAGGCGAAUGUUUUUUGUUGCACAAACCCGUGCAAAAGUAUUGCUUUAUCUCUCUUCGGUCACAGAGAGUAAUAAUGCAACAGUAGGAGGGCCUAGUCGGUUUUUAACACCUGAACUGAUGUCGACCAUGGUAGACGACCAAAAAGUCUUUCAAAAUGAACAAAAUAUCAAGGCCUUAUAUAAGGCACUUGGUAAAGGUAUGCCAUCCCUGGAGCCUAGCUUCUCGAUAAAGCAGCUAGUCCGUGACUACAGUAAGUUCAUUCAAAAUAGCAGAAUCUUUGUGUGGAAUGGUGACGGAGUUCGCAAGUCUGCAACGCCUGGAUUUACUGAGCAACAUCAAGCCCCUAUGGCAGCAUUAAAUGCAGAAUUCACAACUGCGGCUGCCCAAUUGAAAGUGGAGAGUCCCGAAAAAAAUCCGGUAAAGAUGUAUUCAGCAAUGAGUUCAUCAAAACGAUCUUCUGUAAAGGGAAAGGAUUUUUCUAGUUCUGCCAAAAGUUACGCCCCAACCAGCAUUCGAAAAGUUGCCCAUAGACCAUCUAUCAAAGCCCCUGAUAAUUAUGGUAAAGUAGCGACUAAAAGAAAAUUGUUUGUUUCUCCCACUAAUAGUCCAGCAAAGACUGAAAAUAAUACUAAAAAGAGUUGUCUUAAUCACAUACCUGACUCAAAUUUAUCUCCUCAAAUAACUACACCCAGAGUAAACCUUGAACAAGCAGAUACACAUUCAAACUAUUUUAACCAGGGCUCACAAACAACAAGGCGUCCAUCUUCAAGAAAGAUAAACACACAACCUAUCAAAAUCGGCACACAUGCUUCAAUCACCGAGCAUGAACCCAUCUACGAAGUUAAACCAGAGCCCUCCAGAUGGGAAGAUACCACCGCCGCAGAAAUAUUGCAUAAUCCCGACGAUUUGACCGUCGAUAAUAGACCUAUUUUUGCCACUGCAAAGACACUUGCAAAAGCCGUCAAGAAACCGACUAGAACCAAAGUAAAAAAGAACUUGGAAAGAAUAUCUCAGAUACUAGUAACAAAGUAA